AUGCACCUUCUGGGUAGGAGGAUGAUAACACUUAUAACCCUUCUGAGUAGAAGAUUAGCUAAUAAAGACACAGCGCAGGGCAUAAGGAUCAAGUUUACUCCGUUGAUAAGAGUAGACAUAAACAUAGGCAACACACCCAAAAACUUUAAGGGGCAACUUGGAGACGGAGACAUGGGAAACAUGGUCAUCAAACACAUCAUGCAGAGUCCUGAAAUCAAGAACCCGGCUAGGAGUACGAUUAAUUAA